UCAACAGCAAGCAACAGCUAGGAUGUUGCGAUAUCGCUGGCAGCCUGAGAUUGCUGUGUUUGCAGCACGGAUUAAAGGCAGCUGGCUGGAUGGAAAGCUCUUCGUGAUGUUUCGUUAGAUGUCAUACUGUGCGGUUUAGCGUUUGCAGAAGGCGUUGGCUUUAUAUUAUUGUCGAGUCUGCGGUUGUUUUAUUUUGCUACGCGCGGGAGGGGGAAAAAGAGACUUGCUCACGCUAAUGUGUUAGCUCACGAGAGGGAAAACAGUUAAAUGGCACCAGUUAUGUGGGGGUAAAAUGUUUGUUUCUCUUAAUUGAGGAUGGGAAAAACAUUUCUGUUAUCUGACGAGUCACACGUCGUUUCAGCGCAGUGGAAAACGAUAUCUUCAGAGGAUAACCUGGAUAACCUUACGCGACAUGCUGUAGCGCGUAAGUAGCUAGCACUUAGCUAGCUGGACGAGAUGGAGAAGGAACUAAUGUCACCAUCGUCAUCCUCGGCAGUCGUCCACGAAGAGCUGGGUGGAUAACUGAACAGUUUCUCCCGAGAUGAUUGCCUCCUGUGGCGUGUAAGUCACUUACAUAACAGCGAGCGGCUGCAGCUAUCACUUACUGGCUUGUGUUGGCAAUCAAAUGGGGAAUUUGCCAUCACAAAUUUGGCUCGUCUCGUCUUAUAAGUGACAUAUACUGAGCCGUCUUCUCGGUUCGGUUCUGAUUUUGAUCACUCUUUACCCAAUCAGUUCAAUUGUGUGCACUGGAAACAAGCAGUGCAUCCCCGUGUUUCAAGCCAUAAGUUCUGUCGUUUUGGACACAAUGAGGAAGUUCUUUGAUUCUCGUCGGGAGUUGGUCAGUUCUGGGCCUGGUUCUGGAGGAGGAGGUGUAGGAGGUUCUGGUUCCAGCCAUGCAGGAGGGAAUUUCAUUGGACGAGCCUUUACAGUGGGGCGGCACCAAGUCACUGUCGAGGAGAUAAUUGCUGAAGGUGGUUUUGCUAUUGUGUUCCUUGUGCGAACAAAUCAAGGAGUACGUUGUGCCCUGAAGAGGAUGUAUGUCAACAAUGAGUAUGAUUUGCAGGUGUGCAAACGUGAGAUUCAAAUAAUGAAAGACUUAGUGGGUCACAAGAAUAUUGUUGGUUAUUUGGACUCCAGUAUCACAGCCAUAGGAUCACGGGAUGUAUGGGAGGUUUUCAUACUCAUGGACUACUGCAAAGGUGGACAGGUGGUGAACUUGAUGAAUCAAAGACUGCAGACUGGAUUCACCGAAGCUGAGGUCCUGCAGAUCUUCUGUGACACGUGUGAUGCUGUUUCUCGCCUGCACCAGCGGAAGACACCAAUCAUUCACAGAGACCUCAAGGUGGAGAACAUCCUCUUGCACGACAAGGGUCAUUAUGUGCUAUGUGACUUUGGCAGUGCUACAAACAAGUUUCAGAGCCCGCAAACGGAAGGUGUGGCUGCUGUGGAGGAAGAAAUCAAAAAAUACACCACUUUAUCAUAUCGUGCACCUGAGAUGGUUAACUUGUACAACAAUAAGAUCAUCACAACGAAAGCAGAUGUCUGGGCGCUGGGCUGUUUGCUGUACAAGCUGUGCUUCUUCACUCUGCCCUUUGGCGAGAGCCAGGUCGCCAUCUGUGAUGGCAGUUUCACCAUUCCAGACAAUUCCCGUUACUCUUACGAUCUUCAUUGUCUUAUCCGGUACAUGCUGGAGCCGGAACCAGAGAGAAGACCAGAUAUCUUCCAGGUUUCCUACUUUGCUUUUAAACUUGCUCAACGGACGUGCCCUGUUCAGAAUGUGAAGAAUUCUCAAAUCCCUUCUAAACUUCCUGAGCCAAUCAAAGCUAGCGAGGCUGCUGCAGUAAAGAAGAGCCAAACACAAACCAAGCCCAGACUGACUGAUCCAAUUCCCACCACUGAAACCUCCAUCACUCCUCGGCAGAGGCCAAAAGCAGUCCAUACUCAGCCGGCUACUGGCAUUUUACCCAUACAGCCUGCAGCUCUCACCCCUCGAAAGCGGGCUAACCUCCCUGCUGGUGCAGCACAGCCUGUGGGAGUGAGUUUGGACCUCUCCCAACCAGCUGCAGCUCUCCAGUCACAGAAAGCACAGUCUUCAGCUCUGCCACCUAUCCAGUCACAAAACAAUUCUAGUCAGCCUACAGCUCAACAGAAGCAGCAAUUACAGCCAUCUGUACCUACAGGAGCAGAAAUCACAACCACAGAGGCAGUUGUGUCACCAGUGACAAAGGCUGACUCCCAGCCACAAAUGCAAGCACAGCCAACCGCUCCACAACAGGUCACAUCUCCGUCUUUGGGCACCAUCACACCACAGCAGGCAGCACAACCUCCACCGAGCCAUGCCGCACCACAACGCCCGGCUCGACGUAAGCAAGCUGGCCAGGCUCAGCAGGCAGCAGUCCAGCUUUCACCCAUCAAACCGGCAUGUGGUCAACCGCCCGGAUCUCAACAGCAACCUGCUGUCCAGCCGCCAGUCACUCAGCUGUCAUCUGUCCAGGUUCAGUCCAUCUCCACUGAGAUUAGCCAAAAAGCAGCUGAGAUGGAUAAGAUGACUCCACCUGCUUCUCCAAAGAAAACUGAAGAAGAAACCCAUCAGUCCAGUGACAAUAUACCAAGUACUGGUAGUAUUGCUGUAAUUCCAGAGAGUGACCUGUCACCACAACCACAAGGAGCUAAUGGAGACAUUGCGCUCAAUCACUCACCCGUUACGUCUCAGCUGAACACGAGCCUCUCUCGCCCACUCGGUGAUGAAGGACGGGAAAGAAGCCCUGAAACUGAUGUUCCCACCAACGCCCCCACACAGUCUACAUGGAAUCCAUUUGAUGAUGACAACUUUUCCAGCCUCCCUACAGAGGAACUUAAACCUGAGAAACAGCAGAAUGACUUGCAUUCAGAAACUGAUAUAACAACAUCUGAAGAGCUAAUACCAGGCUUGCAGGCUUCUGCUGUGGAAAAUGCACCUCACCAAGCUGCUGAAAGCCCAUCAUCCAUCCUUGAUUUGGAUUCAGGAGCAUCCUUAUUGGCUGUGCCACAUCCUUUCCAUACCCUCGAACUGUCAGAAGCUCCAGAGAAGCUGAUUGAAGGCCUCAAAUCUCCAGACACGACUUCACUCAUGCUUCCUGACCUCUUGUCAUUGUCGGAUCCCUUUGGUGGCUCUGUGGAAGAGUCUGUAAAAGAUCCACUCACUGCAGAUGACUCUCUUCUCGGCUACUCUUUAAUAUCGGCUCCUCCACCAGGGAGCAGUGCCACCUCGUCUCUGUCCUCUGCUCCCACCUCUGCAGCUUCUGCCUUCGAUGAUUUCAGCCUUUUGUCUGGAGACUCUGCACAGCCCAAAGCAGACUCUUCUCUCCUGAUCUCAGACUUUGAGCCCCAUCAGACCUGUGCAGAGGCUGGCACAGAGGAUGAGUUUGAUCCUAUUCCUGUCACAGGGCGAAAGAAUUCAUCUUCUCAAGACCUGCAGAGGGCGCUCAACAGCAGUGUACUGCCAGCUACUGGGCCUGAUGCCCUUUUGCAGUUCAUUGAAGACAAACGCCCGAGGACUCAGAAGGAGCCCGCUGUAUGUGUUGGCACAAAACACGUGCCAUCACAUGAAAGGAGCACGCACCACCAAGCGAUACCAACCAGUUCCACCAGCCUGCAUUUUAUACCUGUCAAACAGUUAUCCCAGGACCAGCCACCAAACAAACCAGUCACAGCUGAUGUCUUCCAGCUGGCCCCUUUUAGAGUUCCAGGAAAAGAAAGCAAAAUGCCUCACGGCACCUCCUCCUCGCUUUCUUCUCCCAAAUCCAGUGAGUCGACUGAUGUUUUCCUCCAGGCGCCAUUUGGAAAGAGGCAGGGACCUACCAAAACUGCUUCCACCAGCGCUCAUAUAUUUACAUCUGGAACACAGCAGAUCCAACCUGGCAACCAGAUUCACCUUGGUUCUCCUCUUGUUGCUCCUCAGUCUUUUGGUAUUCAAGCCCCUUUGCUCUACUCAGAGUACAAGGAGACUCCUAUGCUCCAGCAGCCGGUGGCAGUGCACCGGGUCGUCUCCAGGAUUGGGCAGCAAGCUGCUAUCAGCUCUGUAGCAGUGGGACCUUUGCAUUCCUGGACCAUUGGGGGCAGAACUCUAGAUGACCCAUUUACUGCUGCACCUUUUCAACCCAGAUGUUUCCAAGAGAAACCUUGAAUAUAUCAAACCUGAGCUAACAGCCAAAGCAGAGUUCACUCACACAGAUGUCUAUGUUUUGAAGUACUUUAACUCCUUACUGCAGUAUAAACGUGACUAUGUUGUUUACUGAUCAUAAAACUGCCUUAGUUCUACCUCAUCUGAAGGUCCAAGGUUCAGCACUUUACAAGCAGUUACAGCCUGAAUGUCAUCAAUAGGUUCUUCAGGACAUCAUGAAAUCUUACUAAUUAUGAUUCACAGCGUGAUGUUGAGUAUUUCUGAAAUGCCCACUCUGCAGGUUUUUUUUUGUUUUUUUUUAAAGUUGUUUUAAACCAUGAAAAUCUGUUAUAGUCAAACGUAUAACACUGACGUCUGGAUGGAUAAAGUGUUUUGUCUUUUGACCUCAACUAAUCAUAAUUGAAAUGUGGGCUUGUUUUGUGCAAACGUUUGUAAAUAUGACUAAAAUAUAAUAGUAAAAAUAAUAAUGGCAUUCCAAAGCAAAAUAUUUUUGGAAUGAUAGUUUACAGUUUUUAUUUGUUUAUUAUUAGCAUAAAUCCAGACAUUUAUUUGAUGUUGUGGCAGUACUGGCAGUCUGUUAUAGAUAUGAUUCUCACAACAGAUGAUUUUCUUUUUUUUUUUUUCCUCUUUUUUCUCUCUUCCUGAAUAAGAUUGACAAUAUUAGAAGCAGGUUUCCACAGUGUUCUGAGGAUUAAUUGUGCACUUAACGAUGACAUUUAUGAUAACUGCUAUAUGUUGACCUCAGGAGGGUAUUGACUGAUUUUUGUGCUUUUGAUUUCUUUUUCUGAUCUUUCCAAGAGGAUCAUGAGUGCCAAGAGUACUAUCUGUUCUCUUCAUCCUUUGUCAUUUUGCAUGAUGAUGGAAUUUUGGCAUAUUUUGAGGCUUGGUUAACAAAAUAUUUUAAGUCAGCAGUUGUGAAACCUCUUCCUAAGAGAGCAGGCCUGGACCCAGAGAGCUUAACAAAAUAUAGAUCCUGUGUCUAAUUUGUCACUUUUAUAAAAAAAAAAAAAGUGAAUAUUGUUUCUGAUCAAUAUUGAAAUAUCUGUCUGAAAACAACUUAGAGCCAUCGCAGUCUGUCUUCAGAGUGUUUCACUUUGUUGAAACUGCACUCACCCAGGUGGUGAAUAUAUGUUCAUUAAUAUGAGUUCAAACUGCAUCACUGUUAUUGUUUCUGGACCUCAGUACUGCAUUUGAUAGUUUACGAGUAUCACAGUGUCCUGUUGAAUAGGCUUUAGAAUUAUUUUGGCAUCUCUGGUAAAGUGCUCUACUGACUGAGGUCAUAUUUUUGGGUCAAUCCCAGUGUGUUGUUUUCAGCAAUGAGACAUCUGAAUUUGAUGCUGCUGAACAUGGUGUCCCUCAGGGUUUGGUUCUUGGUCCAUAGUUAUUUUCCCUGUAUGUUGCACCUUUUGGGGAAGGUCAUUCAUGGGUUUGGGCUGAACUUUCAGUGUUCCACAAACAAUUUGCAGUUAUUUGCCAUAGAUUGCUAUAGAUGGGUCUAAUAUUGCCAUUAUUUGCAAAGCUGAGACCUGUCUGGUUGUGGCAAAAGUCCUGAUGUCAAUUAACUUCUUAGUUUUCAACUCAAACAAAACUGAGAUGAUGCUCAUUGGGCCACCAAAACUGAGAAAUCUGUUUGAUCAAAUCAAUUUUUCAUUUGGUGUUACAGUUGAUGAGUCUUUCUUAUUAGAGCCGUGAUGAGAGUAGCAUUUUUUUAUUUGCAAAAUAUUACAAAGAUCAGACCAGUUUUGUCUUUGGUUAAUGCAAAGGUAUUGAUCCAUGCUUUUGUGUCAUCCAGAGUUUUUUUUUUUUUUUUUUUUUUCUUUCUUAAAGGAGAAAAUAAAAUUAUGCAGUUGUCCCAGAUAUUUAUGCUAGCAGUUUAAAAUAUUGGUCAUCAGUCCACAGAUAGAUGUUUAUCUCUUUUAAAGUAGGUCAUGAAGCGUAACUUUGAAGGCACAAUUGCCCACGUAGCUGCAUAUCCCUUAUUUGUGUUGGAGUUCCUUCUGCACAUCUAGCUAUGGCGUAGCUGCCUAUCCCACAUUUGUUUCCACUUUGUUUGUUCUUCAACUUGAUGUGGCAGCUAUCCUACAUCAUCCACUGUGGCAAUUUACCACAGAUGUACAGUAUUAUAACCAGUAUUAUAUUAACUUAAUGUUAUAACUAGAAAGGGCUGAAACAAUAACAAAACAAAAAUGAGAGAAGAUUUUGAAGAAAACACUGCGGGAUUGUCCAGAAUCAUGACAUCAUAUGACUCCCUCAGUGGACACAGGAAAAUACGACAUAUAGUGAUACUACAAGUUGAUGUGAAAUUUAAGAAUGUUGAAUAACUAAACACUGUGUUUGUAUUCUAAGCUGCUUGUAAUGCAGGUUUUUGUCUCAAACUCAAGGUGUGGAAAACGUUUAAGGGUAAUUUCAUGCUUGGCUGCAUCAUUCUGUGCCGACUCACAGGCUAAAACUACAACAAUGCUUCCACUGCCCCAGUACACCUUUGAUUAGUCUUACUCUGACAAGAAAUGUGACCAUAGCUUUCAAAAAGAUUCUUGGCCACUGGUCUCAAGCAUUUUUCAAUGUUAUCUAUCGGAAAAAAAAAAUCAAUGAAGUAGCCUUCUCCACUGUUAGCUGUACAGUACUCAUUAUGUCAGGUCUUACCAGGGGUAUGUUGGUUUAAAACUCAAUUUUCCUUCUUGUUGCCAUUUUUUUAUGAACUACAUCAGUAUUAUAAGAUUUUUUUUUUCUUAGUCUGAAGUGAUCUGUUAGGUUUUUGUGUCAGCUUUGAUUGCAGCAACUUUGAAAGAAACAUGUUAUUUCUAGUUCCAAAUCUGUCACAUUUUAGGGCAGUUUCCCAUUGAGGAUUUUUAAUAGAUUAUUUUUGGUUGUGAUUAUUAUCUCCAUAAUAUGAAACUCAUGAAAAACACGUCACGGUCUUCAACAGAAGACGGUUUUCUAGAUGCUAAUAGAGAUGUUUUAGCUUUUUGCAGAAGCGUGGGGAAAAUGCGGAAGUAGUAUUUUGCACAUGCGCAAAAACAAUCAUGGGACUCAGGUGUAUUUGGCAAUAAUCAGUUAUACUCGUAUGUAAGCAGAUAUAACAUAGUAAGUAGGUUAAAUGAAUUUUCUCCUUUUUUUUAAAGGCUCCAUUUUCCUUAAUUUUGAAAUUGGGGCAAAAAAAUCAGCAAUGGGACACUGCUCUUAAGAUCAAGUGGCAGAUAAACUAACAUUUCACCAAAACUUAUAGUUAAAUUCUUUAAAGAGCUUGAAAAAGUUCAUAUUAAUAUAGUAGAUUUUGUUUUAGAAUCAGGCAUAUGUAAGAACUUCUGUUUUGCCUUUGCUAACUGUGUUUUUCCUUUCAUAUAUUUUCAUUUGUUCCACACCAUCAAGAUAUUAAAAAUGGUGAUUUUUAAAAAUAUAGAGUAUUUUAUUAAA